AUGCCUAGCAGUUCGGGAUGUCCCACUCCGAUACAUAGUUGGCAGCAGUCUGACCCACUUAUGCAUGCCAGUUCGGGACGUCCCGCUCCGAUACCGAUUGGUCAUCAAUCUGCCCCACUGAUGCCUGACAGUUUGGGACACCCCACUCAGAUGCAGAGUGGUCAGCAGUCUGGCCCUGUCAUGCUCAACCUUCAUUUCAGUCCAGCCAUGUCUCAUAUUCCGUCCAAAUCACAAGCAGAAGGAGAUAUUUCGGUGAACAUUGCUACAGUUUCGGAGAUCGGUUCUCAAAAUCAUAGGUCGAAAAAAAUCAACAACAGUAACGAACAGAUACCCAUUUCCACCGGAAAGGAUCGAGCGGGUAGUGGAAAAUAUGGAUCCUAUGAGCCGUCAUCAUCCCUUGGGUCGGUUCCCCCGUCGCCGGAACAUCCCUUGCUGGAGUCGCAGCCCGCCGCCGCAAACCUCUCUCUGUUGACCGCAAAGUAUGGGGUUUCCAAAUCUGUUGGUAGCAGAAUAUGGGGUACCCCGUACUACACCACACGGAGGUGGUCACUUAUAGCUGGGAGAUUGCCAGGAAGAACAGAUAACGAAAUUAAAAACUACUGGAACACACACAUCAGGAGAAAACUCAUGAGCCGGGGGAUCGACCCAACAACUCACAGGCCCAUCAACGAGCCCAACACUUCACCGUCUUCACGAGACGCCGCCACGAACAUAUCAUUCUCGGGCCCAAGCCCAAAGGCGGAGGAGAGGGUCAAAAGCCCUUGUAGAAGCCCGGGCAGUCCGGUUAGAGAAUUGCGGUGCCCCGACUUGAACCUGGAGCUCCGGAUUAGCCCACCGUACCAGCUGCCAAAGCAAGAGCCGUUAAAAACCGCCGGUUUAAAAAAUGAAAGUGAUUACGACGGCAAAAGUGAUUCUGUUAAUUUAGUUAACGGCGGCAAAAGUAACGGCGGUUAUGAUUUUCUGGGGCUGAGGAGUGGAGUUUUGGACUAUAGAAGCUUGGAGAUGAAAUGA